UCAGGCAGAGACUGUGUUGGGGAUAAGACAGCAUAGAGGCAACCUGGCCGUAGAGCUGUAAUGAUCAAACUGAAUCCUGAAGGGAACGUAAGUGAGCAUGUAGAAUGAAACUUCCCUAUUCUACAUGUCUACACAUGUAGAAGCUGAAGUGGAAACUCAAAACAGUGGGAUUUUUUAUUUAUGAUUAAUGAAGAACAGCAUGUAUUUCGGUAACACAUGCCAGAAUGCAGUCUUGCCUGCUUUGGUGCGAACUCCCCUGCCUGCAAUGCAGCCUUCUCUGGAUAUGAAACCAUUUCUUCCAUUUCCACUGGAUACAACGUCUGCAGUUAAUCUUUUCCCCAACUUUAGUGCGAGCGUGGUUGGAAUUUCUUCCAGGACAGAUCAGUUUCAACCCUUCGGCAACUGGAAGGCUGGGAUUGCUGGCAGUCGAUUGUGUGUGAGUAUGGACCCAAUUCAAAAAGCAGUAAUAAAUCACACGUUUGGAGUUCCUCUGCCUCCAAAAAGAAAACACAUCAUUUCAUGCAAUGUUUGCCAACUAAGGUUUAAUUCUGAGAGCCAGGCAUCGGCCCACUACAAAGGCACUAAACAUGCCAAGAAGCUCAAAGCACUGGAAGCCCCGAAAAGCAAGCAGAAAGCUGCUGCUGCCAAGGACAGCGCAAAGACUGCCUUCACCACCAUCACCACCAAUACCAUCAAUACCAGCACUGACAAAACAGAUAGCACAACAGGGACACCACUAUUGCCAUUAUCAACAACAGCCACAGGAACAGCAUUGACAAACUGCACCACGACUACAAGUACAGAAAUAACCUUUGGGGCAAGCAAGAAAGAAGGGUCACCAACUGGCAGCAAGGCCUGCCCUCCAAUGGAGACAGAGGAAGAAAAAGCUAAACGACUGCUCUAUUGCUCUCUAUGCAAGGUAGCUGUCAACUCUGCCUCACAGUUGGAAGCACAUAACAGCGGUACAAAGCACAAGACUAUGUUAGAAGCAAGAAGCGGCAGUGGAACAAUCAAAUCCUUCCCAAGGCCUGGUGUCAAAGGCAAAUCUGUUCCAGCUACCAAGGUAGUGACUGGGCUACAGAAUAAAACAUUUCACUGUGAAAUCUGUGACGUGCAUGUCAACUCAGAGACACAGCUCAAACAGCACAUUAGCAGUAGAAGACACAAAGACAGAGCUGCUGGAAAACCCCCCAAACCCAAAUACAGUCCUUAUAAUAAAUCCCAAAGAGGAACGACUGCACAAUCAGUAAAGCUUGCUUUGAGGAAGGAAAUAGGGAAGCCAUUGCCAGCCAGAAUAUUACCGAAUCACAUAGCUGCUGCUGCAGCAGCUGCAGCAGUAGCUGUUGGCUCUCCCUUCUCCUUGCGCUCCCCUGCUGGAACUCUCUUUCAGACUCAACCUCUGCCCCCAGGAUUACUACGGCCUGCCCCCGGACCCAUCCGAACACCUCACACAUCUGUUCUGUUCGCUCCAUACUGAUCCAGCUGUAGCCUGAUACAGACUCUUACAUUAUAAAGUACUGCAAUAAUUUAAAGUGAAACCAGGGAACUAUGCAGCGUUAUUUCUAUAGGAACAAAAGGCAUUAGGAGAGAUCAGAGUCUAUAUUUGUUGGGAUUUCACAAUUGUACGGGUGAUGUAGUGUUUAUCAGAAACAAUUCCUUAUUAGGUUUUAAAGAAAAAUAAGUCAUAGAUUUAGAAUGGUUAAAAUUAAUUUGUGAUUGUGCUGUCUGCACUAUUAUUUCCUGCCCCGUUGUCUUCAAUGAGUUAGGAAGCAGUACUAUGCGUGUCAUUGGGCAUUAGCUUUGCAUUGUAUUUAAGUGUAUACUUCCAUUCUGUAUUCUCAAGUAUAAGAAGAACACUGUGAACACCACGCAUAUUAUUCCUAAAGCCAAUACAGCAGUUUGCUGGGAAAUAUUUAUUGGAUCAAUGAAUACAAGAUCAACAAAAAUAGAAAUGGUAAGCAUUAGUGAGGUGCUUGUCUGUGCAAUUAGUUUAAUGUGUUAAAGAUGAUCAAAUGUAAAAUAAACAAGUCCUACUUUGUUAACAGUAAAUGAAUGAUCAAUAUCCCAUUCACCAAACAUUUCACAAAAAAAUGCCAAGCAGUGAUGGUGACAAAUACGAAUAUUAGUGGAUACAAAAUGUUCUGCAGAGACAGAAAAAAGGAAAGCAUUUGAAGUGUAGCAAUAUAUAACAAAAACAUAAUUCAGUAACAGGUCCAGAUCUGUGAAAAACUAUUUGAAUUAAUCUUAUCAGAGCUUCUUGUGGGUCUUUGUGAUAUUCUGUAUAAAGGGAGUCUGAGUAAACAAAUAACACCAAAGUUUGCUUGUUUAAUUUAUUUAAUAAACAAAGUCAUCCAAUAUCCAAUGUCCCCGUGUGAAAAAGGUAAUGCCAACUUGGCUAGUCUCUAGCCAUUUGUGGCUUUUCUAAUAUCUAUUGCUGGUUUCAGAUCCUGACACAAAUUUCCAUGGGGUUCAGGUUUGGAAUUUGACUUGGCUAUUCCAAAACAUUGAAUUUCUUCUUCUUCGUCCAUUCUCUUGUAUGUUUGGGAUUAUUGUCUUGCUGCAUGGCCCAAUUGCACUACAGCUUCAACAUGAUCUCCUCUUCAAUGGAAGUUCAUUCAGGUCUUGAGGCAUCCAUGACAAUACCAAAACCAUGUUUGGUACUGUAUUUUAUUGUUGCUCAGUGUUAUUUUUAAGUGAGGAAUGGUUUCCAUCUUGCUACUCUUCCAAGAAUCCCGUUUUUAUCUUGUACUUUUAUGAUUGCAGAGUCAUUAACAUUCACUUUAGCCACAGCAAAAGAAACCUGCAGGUACCUGAAUAUUGUUCUGGGAUUUUUUGGGACUUCCUGGAUGAUUUUACAAUGCGUUUUUGGACUGAUUUUAACAGGACAACCAAACUUUUGUUCUAAAUCUUCUCCAUUUCAAUGUCUCUGUUUGAGGAUUGGUGGUGCUCCAGAGUGUUAGAAAUGUUUUUGUUACCGCUUCCAGAGUGAUAGGCAUCAAUGACCUUUUUUCUGAGGUCUUCAGGAAUAUAUUUUGAAAUACUGUGAUGAUGAGAGCCAAUGUUUGUGAGCUCUUUAAUAGAUUAGGGUUGACCAAAAUUUGCCCUGAUUGUUUAAUGAAUUAUUCACAUGUGUCCCUAAUUCUUUAAUUGAAUUGGUUGAACUAGGGGGGCUCAAACUUUAUCACAUAGGGCUAUUGAAUGUUGGAUGAAUGUUUAUGAAACACAUAAAAUAAGCACCAAACUAUGUUUUAUUUGUUUACAAGGCUCCCUUAACAUUUCACUAGGAACCAUACGACACUGAUAAAAUUCAUUGGUGAUAAUAUCGAACAUUUCAGAACAUCUGAAAGAUGGCAAAUUCUUUUUAAUGGAACUGUAUGUUGCCUGGAUAAAACAUGUUCUUGGGAUCUA